AUGGAGAGCGCCGCAGCACUUGCGGGGGACGUGGUGGUUGUGCGGUACGCCACGGCGGCGAUGUUCGUGGCGGCGUUGGAGCCGCACCUCCGCCGCUCGUCGUGGGCCGCCAACCUGCUCCUCGCCCCCGCCUUCGCCCCCUCCGCCUCCGAGUGCCUCUUCCUCGCCACCUGGCCCUCCUCCACCACCUCCGCCGGAGCCAGCCAACGACCACGACCAGUUCUGAUGUUGGCCCGCGUCGACGCCUUCCCCAUCUUCGUUUCCUUCACCGACGCCUGCGAUGGUAACGAUGUUGAGGUGGUCGGCCGCCACGUGGAGGCGCUGGCCGAGCACCUGGCCGGCCGGGUGUCGGCCGAGUGGCUGGGCACGGUGCGGCGGGUGACGGGUCCCGCCUGGCUCAGCCGACCGCUGGCCGACGCCGUGGGCCGGUUGCUCAACCGACGCGCGACGCCGCACUGGACCCUCACCGCCGCCGCCUGCACUUCGACCACCCUCCGCCUGGUCGACCAGGCCGGCAGCGGCGCAACAGCGACGACGAGUGGUGGUGGUGGUGAGGAGGGCGAAGUGCGGCGGUUCGUGGUGGGGCGCGAUGACGAGGAGCGGCUGGCGCGGCUCUACGAGGUGUUCGUCCUCCCACCGACGCCGAUCGACGAGUGCCGACACCAAGUCCGCCGCACGCUGGCCGACGAGCCCGGCAGCCGGGUCUUUGUCCACGUCAUGCGGUCCGCGGCCGAUGACCACGACAUCAACGACGAUCACGGUGACGUGAAGAAGAAGGAGGAGGAGGAGGUGAUCACCGGCUUCCUCUACCUGAAGCGGGAGACGCCCUUCAACUUUGCCAUCUCGGCCGUGUGCACGGCGCCAGAGUACCGAUGCCGCGGCAUUGCCGGCCGCCUGGUCCGCGCGGCCACCCGGUGGGCUCUGGCGCCGGCGGACAGCGAUGGCGGCGGCGGCAAGAAGGAGGUGUGCAUCUUUUGGAUGGAAGAGGCCCCGGGCCGCAUCUAUCGCAAGGCGGGCUUCGGUGACGACGGCAUGAUGGGCGACUGGGCCGGCUGGACCUUUGAAGGCCUCGACGCCGGCCCCUGGCCUUCAUGA